GAUCACGAGUGGUUAAAAAAACCUUUUAAACAGUCCCUGAAGAGAUCAACAUCUGUAUUCUCCGUCAAAGAGAAGAGCGCAACACACAAGAGGGAGACAUCAGAACACUAUGUAUUCAUGGCUUCGUCGAAGUCUCUCAAGAACUACCAUCAAUUCUCAUAAAUUGGAAUCUUCUACUACUUCUUCAACCAACAGAAAUGGAGUUUCCAAUAAAAUAGAUGAACAAGAAUUUUAUGGGGUUUCUCAUGAAUUGAUCCAAUUUGUCAAGUCCUUUAAUCUAGACACCUUCAAGGAUUUUUCUCUCCUAGAGGAGGGAAGUGAUGGAAUUCAAACGACUUCAGGUGGAGUUAGGGUUGAUUUAUCAGAUUGGCAGCAGCGGCAUGCCACCAUUAUCCUCUCCAAAGUCAAGGAAUUGUCGCAGCUAAGAUACAUGCUAUGUCCUCGCCACAUGAAAGAACGACAAUUUUGGAGAAUAUACUUCAGCCUUGUUAAAAGCUACGUGACCGAAUAUGAGCUGCAGGCCAUACGACUUGAGAAACUACGGAAAAUGACUACAGAGUCGGAGAAAGCCACAGUUAACAAUGGAAUAGAGCUCGAAAUGACUGAAGCAAAGCAGACAAGUAGCUGAGCUUUCCUCGAGAAAAAUGCACGAACGUAUGCAGCACUGUCUCUUUGAAGUUACAGGUACAGCUAAAUCUUGUCUUUGUUUAUCUACGCGGUAAAUUCGAAAGAAACGAAAUGAGCUGGAUCACCCACCUCUGAAUUAAAUGUUCUGAUGGGAGGUCUUAUCCUGUACCUACCUCGUUCAUCACAUAUACAGUGUAUCAUCCUCAUUAAAAAAUAUGAUUCAUUCAUUUUUUUUUUUCGGGAUUUCUCGGGGGAACGGGGACGUGGGUAUGAUUAUUGAAAAUGCAUGAUUGUGCUGGAAGUGCAUAUGGGAUUGUUUUGCUCUCCCCACAUUAUCAUGAAAAAAUGUAUCAUUAAAAAUUCCUGUUAGUACCCAGAUAAACAGGAAAAUUACUGAUGGUUAUGACAUGAAAGACAAAAUUUUUAGUGCCCAACUCUUUUAGAAUUGUUUAUGAUAAUAAUGUGUUGGGGGGACAUACAGAUUUAAAUGUUGUUUGUUUCCAAAGAUUACUUAAGCUAAGAAGUUUCAGCCGACAGUUAUAAGGCCUCAGGGGGAACCUGCCAUGGCAGACUAUUAUAAUGGUGCAUUGCGUUACGUUAAGAGCUCGGGUUACCUGCGUUAUCGCAUUCGUACUUAACUCUUUGGAUUUAUAAUUUGCCUGAUGUUCGAGUUCGGAAAUGUACUAUAGUUGUAGUACUUGACUUAAAACUUUCAUGCAAAAUGUUUUUGGUAGUUGGGAAGGUGAGUUAAUGGUGAAGAUUGUGUUUGAUUUUAUGAUUAAAGAUGUUUAAUUCGAUUUUGUAAGACCAGGGGUAAGGUUAAAAUGUAGAAUGAGAUAACGUAAACUAAUAUUUUUUGGGGGGCUUGUGAGGUCAAGCACCUUGCGUAUGCCUAGAAUUCCCUCGUACGAGAUUGUUCGUAUAUACAUUUUUAGAGCAUAACACUAUAAAAGGGGUAUUGGAGUUGCUUUUUGAAGAAUAUACUUUGCUCGAGGGAACUUAUCGGGGUCCAAAUCUAUAGUGUUUGGUGGAUCUAGGGCCUGAUUUUGGAUCUAAAUUUUUUUUCUAAAUAUUUUAUGUAAUUUUCGUCCAUUCAUUUCCAAUAUUCUUUAAAUGAAAUUAUCACCGAGUCUUUUGAUUUUGUAGUAGAAAGUUCGAUUGCAUUUCGAAUUACUUAAAUCUACAAAGUUUCAAAGCCACUCGAUUUUUCCAAAAUAUAACAAAGUGUUAAAUCAAACAAUCAAAUACCCAUAAUAGUGUUUACAUAUUUUUUUAAAAAUAAAUAACGAUUCGGAUUAGGACCCUAAGAUUAAUAUGGACUCUUAAGAUCCAAAAAUAAAUGAAUUUAAACCCUUAAAUUAAAAAUAGUUCGAAAUUAGAUCCUUAGGGUUCAAGACCCAUGCAGCUUCCACUUGCGAAAUGGCAAAUGCCAAAUUGGUACAACCGUACAAGCCCAUAACUCUUCCACAACAUUCACUCUCCCUCCAUUAUACUACUUGGUUGAAUAUAUUAUAUAUGUGUUUCAUUACUAACUUUUUUGGUAAAUGAAUGUCAACAUUAUGUCGGCAAAUGUAGUUAUUAUACCCUUUGAAACAAAACAUUUACCGGACCCUUAUACCCUAAUAAUUACUUUUUUUACCCAUUUAAUUGUUUUUAUUAUAUAAUCCCCAAUUAAUUAAAAGUUGAUCCAAAAUAUUUUCUACUAAUCCGUCUUGAUAGAAUUGAGUCAUAGAGAAAGAGGAGCUUUAAGAAAUUGGUAAUAAAUAAAGAGAGAGAAUAAAUUACGUGGAUGAAAUUAAAAGAGUUAAAAUGUAUGGAUGAGAUUAAAAAAAUGAUAAGUCAUUGUUCAAAAAUAAAAAUGAUGCAAAUUAAGUGGGACGAAUUAAAAUGGAAAAUGCUAUAAAUUCAAUGGGACAAAGAUAGUAAGCAUAAGUAGUUUUAAUAUUACUUUUUUUUUUCAUAAAAUUUUACUUUAUUUUCUUUUAAGGUUGUAGUGCUACUUAAGUUGCUAUAAUUUUCAUCUUAGAAAUGACUUCAUACUCUCUCCCUUGAUAUCAUUAAACAUUUGCAAUAAAUUCAAAAAGAUAGGAAAUUACGUUUUUAUACAGAGAUUAUUUUGUUUACCUUUUAAUUCUUUUGAAAUUUCUAUUUUCUAAAAAUUGUUGAUUUUUAGAGUUAUUUGAUAUGACACAACCAUUAUUCCUUUGGAAUUGGAAAUUCCUACAAAGUGUAGAAAUUUAGCUACAAAGGGGGUUUCGAUAACUUCAAAUUAUUUGUAUCAAUUGCCAUUUCUUGUGUAAGCUUGAAAUUUAUUUUUAGUGUCAAUCAAAUGAGUUCUUAUUAUAUUAGUCUUUCGUUAAGAAUUUCACAACACCAAUUGUUGUGUGUUACGGUCUCAAUAUAACGCGUCCUAUGCAUAGGUUAAAUUGCAUAAUUAAUAUAAAAUAAAAAUAAAAA